AUGGAUCUCUCCCUGCAAAUAAUUCCCAUCUCCACCUUCUUCUUCUUCUUCUUAACUAUCAUCGUAAGUUUUCCACUGAUCAAAAGACGAGCACGAGCUCAUAAAAAGACUGGCCACCGGCGCAGCCUGGCGCCAUCAGCGGGGCGGAAGCUCCCCGUGAUAGGCCACCUCCACCACUUCCUCACGACCCGGCAGCUCCCCCACCGUCUCCUCCGGGAGCUCUCCCGGCGACACGGCGACGUGAUGAGCCUCGACCUCGGGGAGAUACCCCACGUGGUGAUAUCGUCGGCGGCGGCCGCCAUGGAGGUGAUGCGAACCCACGACGUUAAGUUCGCGCAGCGUCCCCCGCACCCUCACCAGGCAAAGGUCAUGUACGGCGGGGUCAACCUCAUCCAGGCCCCCUACGGCGACUACUGGCGCCAGCUCCGCCGCAUCGCCACGCUCGAGCUCCUCACCGCCAAGCGCGUGGACUCCCUGCGUCGGGUCAGGGAGUCCGAGGUCCUGGCCCUGGUGAGGUCUGUGGUGGCGGCUGGGACAGGAACCACCACCGUCAACCUGACCAGGAUGUUGUACGACUUUAAUAUCCCUGGCGACGUUCGGGGACGUGUCGGAGGAGCAAGAGGAGUUCACCAAGGCAGCGGAGAAGCUGGUGGAGUACGCCGGAGGGUUCAAGGUUUCCUACUUGUUCCCGUCGAGCGGGCUGGUGCAGAAGCUGUUUGGCACGGAGGAGCUGCUGAAUAG